GAUGAUUGUCUGCUCUUAGUUAUCUGAUAUAUCUCACCUAUAUCCGUCUCACUCUUUGACGUUCUUGUCUUCCCUCACUUGCGACCCUCCCCCCCUACUUUCGUCUCUGGUCCUUCUAUGUUAAUUUUUUACUGCUUUUGUUCACACACUCAUUUGUUAUCGUUGAUGAUACCGUGAGUGUAUCAUCUUUCUUAUCCGGUGACAUAUAUCAUUAUUAUCGUCGCCGUCCUGACCACCUCAUUGUCGCGGACUCGAUCAUUAACAGCCCAUCUACUUGCCAUUCUUUCUUAUAAUAAUCAGCUUGAUCUCCUUUCAACUUGGUCCUGGUGAACCCCGGACACAGCGGAAGAAACUAUGUACGACACCGCCGGGCCUAUUCGUUUGGAUUAUAUCAACCAACAGCACCUACCACGGCGGUACGAGUCGGACGAGGAGGAUAUCUCGGAGUCCGAAAUGGGGGGACACGACAAUGCUUUCUCUCCUCUGGAGGCCUAUGAACCGUCAAAUCCUGAUAUCAACGAGUCGGAGAUCGAGCGGCCCGGCUUUCCUCGGUUACUGCCUACAUAUUCAUCCUCCGGGAAAACGUCGCGCCCCGUAUCAAUGGACACCAUCAAACGAAGCAGUGCAACGACAUUUGUAGCAGACUCGUAUAUUUUCGAACAUGAUGACGACGUCAUCAUUGAGCUUCCGUCCCCUGACGCUACAUCUCCCCUACAAUCUCCAAUCUUCUUGCCCCCAAGUGUAUAUGUUCCAUCGGAAUCACCUGUAUCGACGAGACCUCAGUCUCUCGCCUCUACAUCAUCGGCAUCGAUGUAUUCUGAUGAUGAAGAUUCGGACCUGCUCGUAGCAGAGCAGGUCAAGAUCGUUGAACCAAUUGCAAAGCCUAAUCUAAUCCUAAUCAGCCCAGUUUCUGAACACUCACCCUCCCCUUUUAAGGACUCGACGCCUAAACCUAAUACUACCAAGGAUAAUUCAAACGAGAGCAGCCCUCAGGGGGUGUACUCGCAUCGGCGGGCAGCAGCCUCCCAGCCCUUACUAUGGAACAAGUGGGAUCAACCCCCCGCGAGGAAUGAAGCAUUAAAACGGGGCAGCAUGCAUCUGACCACCCGCGAUCUUGACCGAUUACCCAUGGUGGCAUCGGGUCCCAUCGUCAGCUCACCAGUCGAGGUGCCCGAGCUGCCCUCUCCGAUGACACUGCCGAUGCACUCGAUGACAUUCCCACGCCCCGCAACUGCUGUGUCUGAGAAGGUCUCUUCAGAGGGGUACUCUCGUCGCCCUACGGAUACUCUCCGCCGCCCGCCAUCGAUCAAGAGUCUGAGCAGCGCUAGUCUUCCAUUUUUUCAUAGCCGUCAAGCUCCUACCAGCGCUGAGGCUGACUCUCGGACACGGUCCAUGUCUUACACACAUUCGAGUGCCAAAUCUGUGCAUGGAUUGCCAUUGCAGUCAAGCUGCCCGCCAUCUCGUACCUCUAGCCCUUCUCCAUAUUAUUCCUCACCUUCUUUCACUCGUGAACGAUCUGGUUCCACCUAUAGCACUUCCAGCUUUAGUCGCGCCCCCACACCACUCCGACAGCCACUGAAGAAAACCUCAACUUCUUCUAGCAUUUACUCAUCCAGCAGUCUCCGGUCUGAGGUAGAGAGCGUCCGCAGCCUGGACCCACGGGAUGUGGCUGAGACCGAUUUCCAGCAAAAGGUUAAGCGAAAGAAGAGUCUGCGACUUAUGCGGCAGUCCACACUUGAACCUUCCGACCCGUCUGGGAAAAAGAGCUUCAUGGAGUUUAUGUUCGGAUCCAAGCGGAAGUCCACCAUCAAAAGUCUUAAUGCUUAAUUUCCAGAAAGUGACAACGAUUCCCUGUUCUCAAUCUUUCGAUCAUUGCUUCUGCCUUUCCUACUUCUACCCUCCUUUGGCGGAAGAAUUUGUUCAUUGAUACCUACACUUGUUUUCCUGUCACUAUUUUGUUUUCCCUUUACUAUACUAUACACGGAUUGUCCAGCGGUUCCUGUUGAGCGUUCAAGGCGUUGGGGGUUUUUUUUUGAUUUCAUCAUUCUACGGCGGCGGGUUUCUUGGCUCAAACUUGGACUUUUAUUUCACUCCGUUUGAUAUGGACCGAAUCCACCUUUUGUUGAAGACAUUUCUUUUCCUGUAUCAUAAUGCCGAAGAGUUCAUUCACGGUACCUCCUGGAGUGGGCCGAAC